ACGUUUCUUGUACUAAUGUUGAGAUUGAAGUUUACACUAGGAAAAGGAUGGCUACGCUGUGAGAGGGCAGAGCAGUGACUAGCCUUCCUAAUGACUUGGGAAGCAAGAGGAAAGGGUGGGUCACUGUGCAGCUGAGUGACAUGAAAUGUGUCGAUGGGCCCCCGGCCAUCUUGGCGGCGGCUCUUGGUUGGGGCAUCCCGCAUCUAAGGCAGGAAGAUGGUGGCCGCAAAGAAGACGAAAAAGUCACUGGAGUCGAUCAACUCUAGGCUCCAGCUGGUUAUGAAAAGUGGAAAGUACGUGCUGGGGUACAGACAGACCAAAAUGAUCAGACAAGGCAAAGCGAAACUGGUCAUCCUCGCCAACAACUGCCCAGCCUUGAGGAAAUCUGAAAUAGAGUAUUAUGCCAUGUUGGCCAAAACUGGUGUCCAUCACUACAGUGGCAAUAAUAUUGAAUUGGGCACAGCAUGUGGAAAAUACUACAGAGUAUGCACACUGGCUAUCAUUGAUCCAGGUGAUUCUGAUAUUAUUAGAAGCAUGCCAGAACAGACGGGUGAAAAGUAAAUCAUGUGCAAUUUUUCUUUAAUAAAACUGGCCAGAGCUUGUUUUAAAAAAAAAAAAGAAAAAAAAGAAA